AUGGACCGUAAGUGUGUAUCAAAGAAACAGUUUGGGGAACUUGCUUGUGCCAGUGUGGUGUCUCCACUUGGCCACGCUACACACAGCCACUCACCCUGCAGCUGCGGGCCCUGGUCCUGAAGUUAUGGUGGCCCACUGUCAAAGGACCUGCGAUUCCUGUGUGUCACGACUACUAGUGUGGUCCAACACGCAGAAACUAUGUAAACAUAUAGAUAGAAAUAAAAAAGGAAAUAAAAGGACAGAACGUAAACCGGAUGUAGGGGAGAGCUAGUAUUGCAUAGCCUACCUCCACUUGUAGAUCCCAGUGAGGCUCAGGAACAGCAGUUACAAAUCCAUAGGCAAAGUAUCCAGCAGGUAAAAUAAUCCAAGGGUAUCCCAACAGCACUCCCAAUAACUGGACGACACACAGUAUCAGGAGCAGAACAGAAAGCUUUAUUCCACAGUGGCCUUUUAAAGCAUGCUCCCAUGCAAGGGAGGGAUUACAUUCAUUAUCACAAUAGCCAAUCCUGUCCUGGUAACCUCCUACACAUCUCCUCCCCUCAGCCGGCAUCAUAAUCCCCUUAUCCAGUACAGCAAUUCCCCCCAUUUCUGGAUGUACCCCUAAACCUAGGGGUACCACUUUAAAUUAUACAUCCCCUGGUAGCUCUGAUCUGGGUGAACAACAUAUCCAAAAAUCACCCAGAUCAGACCAGGGGUUCGGGAAUUUCAUGGAGGGAAUAAAAUGACCGACCGCAAUGGAAGAACUAGCCGAAUUGGGCUCCAUGCGAUGGGGCCCUGCAGUCGGUCCUGGAAAAGGCGAAUAAAGUACCCGAAAGCCUCCAGCUAUAGAGGCUGGGGAGGGUUCGCCUGAAUCCCCUCGUUCGGUUGAUUAUGCCUACCGAACGAGGGGCCGUUCGGUAGUUUGGAACCGAACGGACCGGGCUGAUGGAGGUCUCGGCGGUGUUCGCCUAGUCGAGUGUCCGUUUUGAGUUCCAGACACUCGACGGCAAAACACCGCUGUUCGGGAGUUUAAAAUGGCCACCGCCACGUGUUCGUUUCCCGAAUGGCGGCCACCCCCGAGAACAAAGGAUUGCUACACAGCUUGUCAAUUACCCGUUCGCAACAAUGUUGCAACGGGUAAUAGAAGGCACACUUCACACCGGGGAGGUCUGCUUGUUCAGUAGUUUCAUUCCCUUAUUUGUUAGAAUGAUUUCUACUGAACAAUCAGACGAAUACAUUACAUUACUGCAUAUAGAUUUAGAAAAUAGACGAAUACAGGGUAAAAAUAAUACAAGUCCCAGGGCAGCUUAUGGCCAUCCACUACAUCGGACCUUAGAAUGGCCAGACUAAUACGUUAGAGACAGAGAAUGGUCAAAGGGAAAGCCGAGGUCAAGGAAGCCAGAAAUACACAAUACCGUUUAAACAAGCCAAGUCAGGGGAACCAGAAAUUGGAAUAACCAGGAAAAGCAAAGAUCAAAAUAUCAGAAUCACAAGGAAAAGCGCACUCUCGGGAACCAGGAACAGGAAACCACAACAGGGCAAGGUACUGGGGCGAAUCAGGGAUUUAAAUAUCCCUCUCUAAGCUCUGAUUGAUCAGAGGAAGACCUCUGACCCCAGAACGUAUGCGUGCCUUGUCGUUGUACGUCACGCGCAUGUUCGUAUCAUUUUGGGGGGCAGAGCCAUUGAUGGACGCGACCGCACGAUCGGCGCCAUCUUGGUUUUUUCCCAAGCGGCGUGGUGGAGAGGAUCCCAGCUCGCCGCUGAGCAGGUAAGCUCAGCAUGCUGGCGCAGGCGUGCCGCUCGGGCACAGGCGCGCAUCGCGGCGAGUCGGGAGCUGUGACAGUACCCUCCACUCGAAGACCGCUCACCGGGCAGGAAGGAGCCGGCUUGUGAGGAAAACGGUUGUGAAACGACCGGACAAGAUGGGGAGCAUGAACCCGGUCAGCAGGAACCCAACUACGUUCAUCCCUUCCAGUCAACCAGAUAAGACAGAACACUUCUAGAGAACUUAGAGUCUAAUGUAGAUCAGACUUCGUACUCCUCUUGAUUACCUACUACCAAGGGCAGAGGAGGAACAACCAUUUUUGUGUAUCGAGUGCAAGUGAGGGGCUUAAGCAAUGAUACAUGGAAAGAAUUGGCAAUUCUCAUAACCUAGAGAUAAAUUGGGUACCUCUAUCAGAAACAAUGUUUUUUGGUACUCCAUGUAAUAGAAAGAUCUCCUUCAUGAAUAUUUUGACAAGAUCUUGAGCAGAUGGCAAUUUUUUAAGAGGUAUAAAAUGUGCAAUUUUGGAUUAUCUAUCUAUAACCAUAAUCCAUGGCUAAAUGGGUCCAUGGAGCGUUAGGUGUAGGAAGUGGUUGUAACAACCCAGGAGGAGGUUUGUGGGGUGUUUUAGAAACAGCACAUAUUUGACAUGCCCCUACAUAAUCUUUAAUGUCGCUCCUAAGAGUAGGCCACCAGAACUUCCAAUAUAAGCCAAAUUCGUAUGAUCAGUGAAAGUCAAAAGUAGCUCUUUGGAACCUUCUAAGAGAUGCCUCCAUUCCUUAAGGGCAAGUACAAUGGCCAGUAUCCCUAUUCCCAAUGUCAUCAUUUUUCUCUGCAGGAGUUAGUUUUCGAGAGAAAAACCCACAGGGAUGUAAAGGCGCAUCAGGACUCUCUCUUUGAGACAGAAUGGCUCCUACUCCUGUUUCUGAUGCAUCCACCUCUAAAAUAAAAGGUUUGGUCAGAUCGGGUGUGUCAGGACAGGUGCUGAGGCAAAUAAAGAUUUUAAUUUUUAAAAUGCCUCCUUUGCUUGCUUGGGCCAUGAAUUGCAAUUUGCUCCUUUCUUGGUUAGGUUGGUAAUAGGAGCGAUUACUGAUGAAAAACCCUUAAUGAAUUUACGAUAAUAAUUAGCAAAACCUAUAAAGCGCUGUGUAGCUGUCAGACCUUUAGGUAAUGGCCAUUGCAAUACUGCCUCCAGUUUGCUUGGGUCCAUUUUAAAACCAGAAGGGGAUAUAACAUAUCCAAGGAACUGUAUCUCAGUCUGGUCAAACUGGCAUCGAGGCGAGCCGGGAGCCGUGACACUGUGACCAUGUUGCUUAUGGCACUGUUUACAUCUAACAUAUCUAGAGGAAAUUUUCUCUAUAUAUGCACACACAAACUCAUAUUUCAGACUUUCUUUUACCAUAGUAUACUGCAAGGUACUGAGAUAGAGUGUGACAUUAAUACAGAACUGUCAAUAUGUUACCUAUCAGACCAGGAAAAAGUAUAUGGAAAUAAGAGCAAGAGAGAAUGACUGUAAUUGGAAUAAUGAAUGGAGGAGAGAAUCAAUUGAAAAAUAGCUGGAAUGAGGAGAGAAAAAAAGAAGGUGAAAGGCACAGAGAAUGAGGGUCUCAAUGGAGAGAUAAUAGGAUAAGGCAAGAGGUGGACAAGGAAGGAGAUCCGAGACUAAAAAAAAAAAAAAAGCGAUGAGAUGAGAUCUUUGGGGACAGCUGGUCACUGGUGUGUGAAAUUUGCAUGAGGUUCCCCCAGCAAAAUCUGAGAAUAUCCAGCACUCCAGCAAUGUAGUUAUAUAACUCCAGUAUGGUAUAAGAUACACACACAUAUUGCAGGGUACCAAAUCUUGGCUGCAGGGGGGCAGAGUCAUCUGAGUGAUUUUAUUUGUGGUACACUCAUUGCAUCAUCCGCAAAAGCCUUCCGAAUCAUCUGAAUAGUUUUUGCGGAGAAAUGUUGAAGCUUAACGCAAAAUUUAAUGCACUUUCGUUGCUCUACUCGCUCAGUCAUUUUUAAUAGAAUUUCAAUUUCAAUUAAACUGUGAAUAGCUCCCAACUGAUUCCUCUCAAGCACCUGUCAUUACUUCUGUAAUACUACCCUUAUCUUUUGUGUCACUUUACCCCACUUCCUCUAGCAGUAAACGCACUGAGCAGGGCCUUCAACCCCUCUGUUCCUGUGAGUCCAACUUGUCUGGUUGGAAUUACAUGCCUGUUCGUCCACCCACUGUAAAACAAUGCAGAAUUUGUUGGCAGUAUAUAAAUAUAAUAAUAAUAAUAAUUUUGACGGCCACACAGUACACACGCUCACUCAAUGGCGUCUAGCGCCCCUACUGACUAGUACAGUGACGUUGUCAUUGUUCACGCAUGCGUAUUCCAGUCCACUCUCCUUGGUUGCCAGGUUACAUCGAUGUUGCGCAAUUCUCGUUACAUUAACAAUCGCUGGAUACUAUAUAUACACACUAACUUUCUAAUUGCCAUUGCUGGUUAGAUAAUUCCCAUCAAUGGUCAACCUAUUUUUUCAUUCUUCCCAGGAUGAUGUAAUAACUACCAUUAUACAAUUCAAUUGGUUAAAGCAAAUAUCAAUACCAAAGGAUGUACUACAGUAUGAGAAAAAUCUAAAUUAUGGAUCCUGAAUUUUAAAUCAGAUUAAAAACUUUAUUUCAUUUAUCCGGAGUCUCCUGUAUUUCAAAACAAAUCCUUCUUGCACAAUUAAAAUGAAAAAAAUAAAUAAAAGAACAGAUUUGUGCCUCUUCUUUUAUAAAUCUUAAUUUGUUACAGCAAAUAACAUUGUAAUCUGAUACACGCAACCAUUUCUAGAAAUACAUUUUUUGUUAUUUCCAUAUAUAUAAUUAGCUAAGCCAUGUUUGCAAGAUUGAGCUAUUGUUCAGCUUAAGUUUACUACAAGUAAAGUAAGAUUGCUUCAUUAGCUUUCAGCAUGAUUUUCAAGCUGAUUAAGUAUUUGGCUGCCAGUUUAAAGACGUGUUUAUGCGUAGCAAUCUUUAAAUCUCUAGUGGGUUAUUAUGAAACAGUUUAAAUUGCAGUCUUAAGUUUUCAACCAAGUAAAUUUGAUUGCAAGAAAAAAGGGCCAGUCUGGAAACAAGUCAAGUGGUCAACUGCCCGCUGACCUGAUAUAUUGUAACAAUUGGCCAGAACAUUCCUUAUGUGCAGUUUUAAACAAUGCUGUUCCAGUGACUAUCUUUUCUUUAUAGCAUGUUCUAAUUGAUGUUUAGAUCAUAUACAUAGCAUCCUGGUACCAAUCAGUAUGUCUAUUUUCUUCAUUCCUUAAAACCAAUGUCACCCUCAGACAUUAAAGGAACAUUCCACCACCCAAAUACAAAAUAUUUUUUAAAUCACUGUUUAAUAGAUAUACCCAAAUAAAAACUUGUAUGCAUUUAAUAAAACCGUUUUUCAUUGGGGUUACAUCUAAAUACAGCUUGCAAAACCUGCAGUUCUUUUGUCUGCUGUCUUUGCAAGCCCUCCUACUACUAACACUGCCCAGACAUUCUGUGACUGUGAAAUCACAGAUUUCCUUGUUGCCGCUUGGCUUUAGCUCCACUGAGCAUGGCUUUCUUUACACAUGGGCACGCUGGGCAGAGAGGCCCCACCCCAUUGCCCAUGUGCAAAGUCCAACAGGGGAGAUCCCUCAUUUCCCCAGCCGGCCCACGCAAAGCCGGCCAGCUAUCUGCUUCCAGGCCGGUGGGGAGAUCAAAGAUCUCCCUCACGGCCUCAGGGUACUUCUUGCAGGAAAGGGAGGACCCGGAUGGCAGAUAGUUCCUCCCGCGAGCAGGAGGAGAGAAGUCAGCCUAAAGCACCCACCACUGGAACUUCAGGUAUUGUAGUGUCCCCGGUCCAUCCCUGGCCAAAAGUAAGAAAAAGGCGGGGGACAUCUAUAAAUAUAGAUACACACACACACACACUUUUUGCUCCCUUGGCAGACCCCCCCACAAUAUAUACUCCAUGGACAAAGACACACAUUACUCCCUCACACACACAUAACUCCCUCAUACACAUUACUUCCUCACACACACAUUACUUCCUCAGACACACUGCACUCCAUCAUAUACACAUUACACCCCUCACACUGCACUCCCUCAAACACUAAACCGCCUAACACACUUCACCCCCAUACACACACACACACACACAACACCCCCUUACACGCUGCACUCCCUCACACACACUACACACACUCACACACACUGCACUCUCUCACACACACUACACACACUCACACACACUGCACUCUCUCACACACACACACACACAACACUCUUAAAGGACCACUCUAGCCACCCAGAACACUUCAGCUUAAUGAAGUGGUCUUGGUGCCAGGUCCUUCUAGGUUUAACCCAUUGUUUUAUAAACAUAGCAGUUUCAGAGAAACUGCUAUGUUUAUCAAUGGGUUAAGCCUUCCCCCAAAGCCUCUAGCAGCUGUCUCAUUGACCGCCGCUAGAGGCGCUUGCGUGCUUUGCACGCAAGCGUCCAUAGGAAAGCAUUAUAAAUGCUUUCCUAUGCGACCGGCUGAAUGCGCGCGCAGCUCUUGCUGCGCGUGCGCAUUCAGCCGACGGGGCGGAUCGGAGGAGGAGAGCUCCCCGCCCGGCGCUGGAAAAAGGUAAGUUUUAACCCCUUUCCAGAGCCGGGCGGGAGGGGGUCCCUGAGCCACAUAUGCAUCACAUUACACCACAAACACAACACGACUAAAACCGACCUUAUUACACAAUACCACACCACGACCAGCUCACUCUACACACACGCAAUACCACAAGCAGGCUCCAAACACAUGCACAAUACUCUUUCCUGGCCUUUUGUCUCCUGGUAUCCAUUUAUAGAGACACCAGAGACAAGUUGCAAGGAAACACAGUGCAAGCAUGUUAUUAAAUUUGCUUGCACUGUGCAGAACAAAUACAGGACUUUUUUCUCAUGCUAGAGCUCUUCAGCAGAGCUCUGCGCAUGGUCUGCCCUGGAAGAGCAUUGAACCAACAUGCUCACUUUGAGAGGAGGCGUGUUUGUCAUUGGUGAUGACAAAACACACCUCCUAUGCCCCGCCCCCUUUUUAGUGGGCCGCUGUGUUAAAAAAAUGCCCAGGCCGAAUUUUUCUCCCAGUCCGGCCCUGCUCACACACAUACAGUACACCCCCUCAUACACUGCACCCACUCACACGCUGCACCCCUCAUACUACAUCAUUAUACAGGAGCCUGCAUGGCUCACUCGAUACAGUUCUGUUGAAUAGAAGCCAUAGGUAAAAAUGUGCGAGAGAGGGCAUUGAGCAGAUAUGAGGGCACAUACACCGGCUACAAAACCAGUUCUCAAUGCCAUCCCAAAUAAAGAUGACACUUUUUAUCUAGGUAAUUUUACUUAUAAUAAGAGGCAUUAUGUCCACAUGCAGACAAAACAUUUACAUUUAGAAUCAGUUUUCAUAACAAAAAUGCCAUCAGAUUUCUUACAAAUAUUCAGCAGCCUUGUAUUUGAUCAUUUUUAUGUCUACUACAGUGUCACAUCUAAUCUAUGUUACAAAAUCAGUAUGUGUCAUUAUACACUAGUUUUACCAACAUCUUUGAAGAAUUGCAAGAUCUAGAAAAUUGAAAAUAUUGGAUGCUGGAGAUAAAAUAUUAGAGAAAUUAAAGGAAAAGAAAAGUACUUAGCAUGCAUAUAUUUUAGGUAUCUUUGAAUAACAAUCAAUGCAAAAUAGUUACGCUCUAGCCAAUAUGUCAAAAUCUAACGAGGGUAAAAAAUUUUUUUUUAAAUAUAUCUAUUUAUUCAAUUUCUAAUUUAUUCACAUACAUACAACUUUCAUAUUUUUUCUUAUGAAAAAAAAACUACAUAAUCAAUGUUAACUUCAUAUUUGCUAUUUCCACAAGUCAUUCUUUAAUGAAUAAGCCACAUUGUUUAUAUAAAAUCUGUAAAAUUUGAAGGGUCUUCUUCUGAAAGCUCAUCUCUACCCUUGCUUUUCAAUGUGUUUGUCUGUUUUUUAUUAUAAAAUAUUGCUAUUUCUUAAAAAAUAUAUAUAUAAAAGAUUUACAAUAUGAAAGGAUACAUUGCAAGAAUACUCAGGGAUAAGAAAUUAAUUUCUCAAGAGGGCAAAAGCCAUAUUUCAUGUUCGGAAUGGCUCCUGAUUCUUUGGAUACAUAAAUGUCAGUCCUCUACGCAAUCUAUCAUCGCCACUUGUUUAUCAUGUUAUGUUUGAUACGGCCAAAUGUUAUAGGGAUAAUUAGAAGAGGUAAGAAAACACCAAAUGACAUUAUAAAAACAGGGACGUUGUCCCUCUACAAAGGAUUUAAUACACCUUGUGUGUCCUGUCAACAAGGCAUGAAUAUUCAUAAUUUGGGGGUCUAUGCAAAUAAGCUUUUAUAGUCUUUUUUGAUUCUUCAUAAACUAGGAAUAAUUGCUUGUAGGAAGAUAUCACGACCUAUGGUAUGUAUCCCCUUGAUACUUGUGACAGUGUCAAGAGGUACUCCAGAAUGUGUUUCAUUUCAAAUGUUAAUGGUAUUGUAAUAGAAGCAGUUGCUGUCAUGGAAGCUUGUUGGAUGAAAGGUUCAGAUUGACAUUCUUGAAUGGUAUAAGCUAUUUCUAUCAGUACUUGGGUAAAGAAAAGGCUGAGACCCAUUGGUGCCAAAAAAAAAAAAAAUCACUUGUAUUUUGGAUCUUUAAAGCAGCAACUUACACGUUGUUCUAGUUCGAAUUUACCUUUGCUAUAUCACAUGGGCUGCUGCCCAUCGAGGUCCUAAGCAACUACCAGUACGCCAAGCAUAGCUAGAUUCAGGGUUCCAUGAUCUUGGAACUGAACAAUCUGAUUAACCUAAUGAGAGAAGUUGAACUUACAUUGCCAUUGUCAUAGUAGUUAGAGACCACAUGUGUGGCAUAUAGCAAAUCUACUGCUGGUCCAUUUGACCUCUCAACCAUUCUGAUUAUAAUGUAACAUAUCAGGGUUUGAGGAUCUGCAAAAAAACAAGAGAUCCAGACUUGGCACACAGUACAGGUUGUGUACUAGGAAACCAUCAAUAAAUAAAACAAUAUAGUUUGAGGCAAAUAAAUUAUAUAUAAAACCAAGAGGGCUGCACUCACCUGAACAUGCAUACAUUACAAGAGUGCUCCUGGCAGGUCCUACUCUAGCACCCUAAUGACUGCUCUUAUAAGAUCAAUCCACUUACUUGGGAAAUACUUCUACCUGGGACUCUCUGCAGGUCAAGGCUUAAUAGGGCUCUGGAAUGAGGCACCUGUGACAGGAAGGGGUACAGAACUAGGGAGUUGGCCUGUAUUCCCAAAUGCAUUCAUAUAUGAAACCAAGAGGCUGCACUCACCUGAACAUACAUACAUUAUAGGGGGCUGCUGGGGCCAAUUCAUAAAACAUCCAGCAAACUCACCCAUUCACUAAACAGCAACUUCAAAGCUCACAGCCUAACAUUUGAGGAAGCCUUUGUGGAGCUUUAAGCCUUUAUUACAAUUUAGUCCAAUAAUUAAAGCAGAACUCUUAAAACAGAUAAUUAUUUAAUGGUUGAGUACCUUGAAAAAAAAAUGACACAUGUUGAGACAUGCUUAAUGAUCAAUAAUUACAUCACAAGAAAAGCUCGAGAAAGGUUUGUAGCAGAACAGCAAUAUGAGGAGUUGCCUGAACAACACACUCCAUCAAUGAACUAGACAGAAGAGCCAGUCCUCCAGAACGGCAAGAACUCUUAUAAACUUCUUGGGUGCAUCGUAUGGAGUUGUCGUUUCUGCCAAGUUCGUGAUAAUGCUAAUUUUCCAAUCCUAACAAUGGAAAUCUCUUGGUUUGACAAAAUUUAAAUGUCAAUUAUAUAUAUGUAAAUCUCAACACAAAGGUGCAGCUUUCGUCAAGUGUAAUUAGGUGGUAGGGCAUCAUUCUAUUUCUUAAUGAAUUUAAAAUUCUCUUUAUUCUGUUUAAAGAUAUACAAGUAGCUGCUUACUAAAACUUCAUCAUGUCGGUUUAAAUAGACCCAAAAGUGUAUCAGGAGAUAAUACAUUGUGUUCGGAUGCUUAUCAGGGGCUGGGAUUUCUCAUGCACAUUGAAGUUAAUGUAGCGUCUGAGAUGAUUGAUACACCCAUCACAUAAUAACAAACUGUGACUGUAUUAAAUUUGUAUUCCACACUUUGUUCGGUUUUAUAGUUCACUAGUUUGUUAUCAUCAGUGGCCCUGUGUGUGACAAUAAAGCAAUGAUAACUAUACUAGCAUGUAUUGCAAAUUAGGGGGUGUCAGACAUUUUAUGUUAUUAAUAAAAUUAUUACAUUUUCAUAAUUUUCAUAAAAUAUUACUUGUAAUAUUAUUUGUCCCACAAUUAUCCCUACAGGAGGAAGAAGUAAAAUUACUCAAUAUUUUAAUUAGAAUUUAAAACAUUUAUAGAUGAAGCUCCUUUAUAGGAAAUAAAAACAAAAACUAAAAUUGAGGGAAGAUCGGAAGAACAAAAGUUUGGACUGUUCUAUCAAGCCAGAAAUAUGUGGAAUGAAUAUUUAACCCUGUAGUUGAGUGCCCCUCCAGCCCCAGGUCUGUGUGAGAGCUGGCAUCUGUAUACCACCGACUCGGUGGUUCGAGAGUCCAAAUCUGACCCUGUCUUUGGGUGGUCGGAGGAUAUAGGUGUUGUUCGCCACUUUGCGUGGUCAAUCUUCCCUCUUCGUGGACGAUGCAGGGCUUGCGAGUCCCAGGUGGCUCUCGGCCUGGGUGGGCAGACAUUUGAUUGCACAUGCUUCUUCACUGUCGAUGCGCCCUGAGUAGGUUGCCCGCCUCUCCUUAGUCUCUUCCUGGGCUCAGCCACGAUGCAUCACUGGAGUUUGAGCCAGAAUUGUUGGAAGAUCUGGUUGAGCCGUGUCAAGGUUUCAGCAACAAAGUCGCUGGAAUCCCCCUGAAUGGAGCUCUCAGUGUGUGAAUCCAAGUGAAGGGUGUAUGCCAUUUUGAUUUCUCAGAUAGAUGGUCACUGCAACUUUUGCAUUGUGAUGAUUUUCAGUAGGUUUGCUUAACCAGCUCCGAGGGGACCGGGAUAUCCCCCACCGGUCCAAAGGUGAGGGUAGGGGUGCAGUUGAACCCAGCCCAGAACCAGAGCGCACGAAGAUCGGCCACUUCUCCCUCGCUCCAUUCCCAGAAGGCCACAACAGGACAAGUCCCCGUGUGGGGGUAACAGACAGCUUGCCCGGGGUCUCCUGUUCUCAGGAACACUUAGGUGGGUCACGGUAGCCAGCAAAUUGGGUAUAUUACACUUUUAUUGAUUAUUAAUGCAGGAGCUCAAGCUUUCCACGUCUGGCUAGCUUGGAGGUCAGGCCCCGCCCCAAGUUAAACUGAUUUUAAUGCUUAUACUGUCAAUAUAAAUUGUUAGCUCACCUUAGGUGAGACCUAGGCUAACAAGUAACCUUUAUACAUAAGACUCUCCUAACAGGGUUUUCCUUGAUGUUGGCAAGUGAGCUUUCCUUUUAAUAGCCAUUGUGGUGGGACUAAAACCAUCUAUUUUGGUUUAGCAUAACUUACGUUCUUUCCUUUGAGACAAAGGAUUUCAGGAUAUAGCUCAUCUACAGAUAUCAUCCUGGGGCAAAGGUAAUUCUUAAAUAUAUAACAACAAAUGACAACAGAAAUAUUGAAAUAGAAUGACACGUUCUUAUUUUAAAAUCAUGACAGAUUGACCACCUUGAAAGGGGUCUGCUACUCACUGAGGGACAGGAAGUAGAGUGGGAGAAGAUAAGACAGCUGGGAAACAGGCACGUAGCUGGGUUACAGUUACAUGUAGUAGUGGGUGGAUGGGAAGAGGAAAGGUUUAGUUAGUCCUGAUUUUUGUGCAACCUAACAGAUUUUCUUGUUUGAGUGGAGAUGUUGGGAGCAUCAGCUCAGGAUCAGUUGUUCUGGAGGAAACUGUUCCAUCUAUCAGCCAAGGGAACAGCUGAGGGAAAAGCCACUCUAGUAUAGGUGGGGAUGAGAAUGUAAGAAACCCUAGAGACGUUGUGGUGGUAGGGGACUUUAUUAUUAAGAGAGUAGAUAGGGUAAUCUGCCGCUCUGAUCUUCUUAACUGGACAGUUUGCUGUCUCCCGGAUGCUCUGGGUCAGCAUGUUGCUGACAGAGUGGAGGGAUUAUUGGGAGGGGCUGGAGAUAACCUAUCUGUCAUGGUCCAUAUUGGUACCAAUGACAAGAUUAGAACAGAGGAGGUAUGUCAUAGUAAUAUAUAUUCACAUAACAUACAAGUGACUCAUGAUAGUAUUAAAUGUAUGCUUACUAAUGCAAAGAGCCUAAAUAACAAAAUGAGGGAACCUACACUAAGCAAUAUGACAUAAUAGGCAUAACAGAAACCUGGCAGGAUGAGACACAUCACAUAUUAUUUAGGAAGAAUAGAAAAAAAACAGGAAGAGUGAUAGGGCAUGUUUGUAUGUUAACCAUGAGUUAGAGCCAAAUCUCAACCAAGUGGAACGUGACAAGGAAAUUUGGUAUCUUUAAAUUAGCUAUCUGCUUUGGAUAAAAGAAGGGAAAGCAAUUAUUGGUUGGAAUAUGUUAUAAGCCACCUAAUGUUUAACAUUGAUGAGGAAGAACAGCUGUUAUAGCAAUUUGGGAAAGCUGCACAUCUGGGCAACACGUUAAUUAGAGGAGAAUUUAAUGACCUGGACAUGAAUUGGGAUAGCGGGACUACUAGUUCCGCAAGGUGAAUCUGGUUUUUGAACCUGGUAAAUGACACCUUUCUGUCACAAUUAGUACAAGCACCAACUAGAAAGGACACGUGUCUGGAUCUGGUUAGAACAAACAAUAUUGAUCUUUUGACAAACAUUCAAGUAUGGAGCACUUUCGAAAUAUUGAUCCCAAUAUGGUGUCUUUUGAAAUAAACUCAAAGAAGCAAAUGCACAUAGGGUAUACUAAAACAAAUAAUUUAAAAAAUUCCAAUUUAAAUAAGAUAAGGGACGUUUUACGACUCACUGACUGGCAUACACUCUUUAGUGAAGACAUAAAAAAUAUCACAAACGUACACUUUUAUAUACCACUGAGUAAUAAAUAUAAAAGAUACAAAAUGAAACCAAUGUUAUGGGAAAGUAAACCAAGAGAUUAAAAAUAAGAAAAGGACAUUUAAAGCAUUUAAAUCACACAACACAGAUGCAGCCUAUAUAAGAUAUAAGGAAGCCAAUCAUAUAUGCAAAAAAGGCGAUUAGAUGGAGUAAACUAGAAAAUGAGAAAGUGAUCAAUGAAGAGAGCAAAAUAAACACCCUAAAAAGUGACUUAAUAAAAAAAAUUAAAAAAAAUAAAGUGUAGGUACACUGAAAUCAGAGAUGGUUGUGUUAGUAAAUGAAGACCAGUAAAAGGCAGACAUUUGAAAUAACAGUUUUUCCUCAGUAUAUAUUAAAGAGGAACCUAUGGCAAGAUAUAUGCAAAUGAUUCCUGCAAAAAAACUUACAGGAAAAUUUGUGAUUGGAUGAUUUAGGACAAGGUGCUACUAAAGAAAGUUUAUGUUAACAAAGCCCCGGGGCCUGACAGUAUAUAUAUUUAAACAGAAGUCUACGUGCAAAUGUGCAACGUUAAUCAAAGCUGCAUGUGCUAGUUAUAGACCCAUUUUAAAAUUAAAUGUAUGAAACUAUUCUUUCUCCCCAUAAAGAGCUCGUAGCAACAAGGUUAAAGAACUAAAAAUUGAUAUUUUAGGAGACAGUUUAAAUACACAAGCAAAACAUUAAUCUUAAAGUGUGUAUUUCAUGGGCCAUUUAUAAUGAAAAACAUGAAUUUGCGGAUGUUUUCCACACAAUAAUAUGUACAAUGAUGGAGUCGGUAAAGGUCAUGAUUGGAAAUAUAGAGGUGAAUUUUACAAGCUUAUAUUCAAUUACUGCAGCUUACCAUAGCCUUGAACAGUAAGUUAGUCUAGUGUAGAAUAGGGUUAUAAAUCUAGUAAUGGCUAUAUACCAGUGUCACUAGUACAAAUCCCCUUCAGCAACUGAUUUAUGUAGAAGAAGAUUACAUUCCAAAACUUUUUUUUUUUUUUUGUACGGCUUGUAGAGAAAAGAAUACAUUAGUCAAUGAAUCAAUGGUACUUUUUGUGUAGCAUACAAUGGUGCUUACUGUCAUAAACUAAAAAAAUAUAUAGUUUUAGAUUGAAAAAAGAAAAAAGCUUUUUUUAAAUGGCUGAAUAUAUUUAAAGAUAUUUAGUUAGCAACAAGCAUUUAAAUCUUGUCCACAACUUUUACGAAUAGUAACCCUCUUGACUGAAUGUUAUUAAAUGCUUCCCCUGAUAAAUUAUGUUUCACAGUACAAUGACUGACAUUAGGGGUUAUUAAUACAGAGCAAAUUUAUUUUAAAGUUCUAGAAGUGCACUGAUAAGGUCACUUUUAGAAUUUGUUUCAUGUCCUGGUUACAAAGAAAAAAAAGUUAUAUAAGCGUCAUCAUUAGUGAUGUCCCGAACGGUUCGCCGAACGGUUCGCGAACGGUUCGCCACGGACUCAUCAUUGAGUAAACUUUGACCCUGUACCUCACAGUCAGCAGACACAUUCCAGCCAAUCAGCAGCAGACCCUCCCACCUCCUGGACAGCAUCCAUUUUCCAUUCAUUGUGAAGCUGCAUUCUUAGUGAGCUGUCCAGGAGGUGGGAGGGUCUGGGAGGGAGGCUCUGCUGCUGAUUGGCUGGAAAGUGUCUGCUGACUGUGAGGUACAGGGUCAAAGUUUACUCAAUGAUGAGUCUGUGACAUCACUAGUCAUCAUAUGUUAUAUAAUUUUAUUCUAUUCUAGUAUAGGUGGACCCUGUAACAUUUACUAGGGAACCCUAACACACAGACAGGACAGAGUAGAGCGAAUUGCAAUACCGAUCCAUAGAUUGGUCGGGUUAUGCAACAAGGGAUAGUCAAAACACGAGCCGAGGUCAAGGGAAACAGAGAGACGGAAUAACGAGAGUCAGACCAGUAACCAGGAAAUCCAAGUAAGUGCAAUGCUCAAUGUUAAACCAAAGACCACAUCAGGGCACUGAGGCAAGGGAGAGGUUAGCUUAUAUACACACAGGGUGUGUCUGAUUGGCUAAUCUCUAAUUAGUGUUAACCACAACAUGUGGGAGGAGUUCCUUCCCUCCCUUGUGGUCUCUGAGGUCAUCACUGUGUGCCGGGUAACACAACCGGGUGCAGCACACAUAUAAGGAAGCUGCUCUGGAGCGUGCAGCUUCAGACACACUGCCAGAUGAUGCCGCUCGCGGGGAUGAGGUAAGCAAGAUCACCGCGAGCGGCACGGGGGCAGGGGACCUGACAGGCCCUCUGCAUAAAAUCGUCAGCAUUGAUCUAAAAUUGGGGGCAGUCACGACAUCCCACUUCUCUUGGCACAAACUAUUGCUGACUAUUUUCUUUGCACUAUGCACAACAGUGUUGGGUCCUGCUGUCAAAACCCAACAUAUUCAGUAAUGUGCGGUUAAUAAAAUUGAACAGGUCCACAAGCAAACCUCUUCACCUUCCAUAAUCUCGUGGUUUGUGAUAUGGAAUAUUGAAUAUCAAUGGUUUGUUUUCUGAUUUGCAGUUUAAAAUGUGCACAGUUUCCCUGCUAAUACAUAUUAUUGAAUUGCUGAAUUAAUCUUUCUUAUUAAUUUGUGUCUUUUGGAUACUUUUCCACAAAACACAUAAUAUGUCUUAUGAAACCUCAGUGAGAUACAACAAGAAUGACGAAACACAUACAUAUACAAGACAAGUUUUAUUGGUUUGAAUGGAAAUGAGACAAAUUGCUUUAUUUAAAAAGAGCAUAGUUUAAAUAAGAACCCGAGGAACAAGAUAAACCAGUUCAGAUAUUUUAACAAACACUUUAUCUACAAUAUGUUAGACAUGUGACAAGCAUUUCUAAAUUAGAUCAAAGAUCAUAAGCCUCGAAAAGGUUUCCAUUUUUAUACGAAAUGCAGGAGCUGUCAUACUAGUAAAAAUGUUAAUAACCCUAGGAAAACAAUAUAUAUACAGUGCAUAUAUAAUGAGUUUUUAAUCUAAAAUUAGAAAAAUUUAUUUAUUAGGCUUGUCUGUGUAGACUCCAGUAUGUGGACAGAAUUAAAGAAAACUGAAAAUUAAAAAAAAAAAAUUAAACCAGUAGUACGCUUUGAAACAUGUUUUUUUUUUAAUUAAAACUAUAGUUUUUCUCUUAAUUUCAAUACUAAAUAUCAAAAAGACUCCAGGGAACUUAUAUUUAAAGAUUUAUACAAGUGUGCCAAGCAUGCAUGCAAUUUUAAAUCUUAAAAAUCUGGUACCAGGCGGAUUAAAAAAAGAUUUAGAGUGGAAUCACUUUCUCAUACUAACGCAAUAAUGUAUACACCUUCAACUUUUUAUUUAUAUUUGGGAGUCUUAUACAUUUCCACACUAGUUUAAAGAUUAUUUUAAAGGAGGUAUGAAAAAAAAAACAAUAAUCCAAUCCAGCUUCGAGUCUUGCAGCUGAAUAUUGAAUAGAGUGGAGUAUACAAUGUACUGGGGCUUCAGUACCAAAAACUACAAAAAAUGACAUUUCAGAUUAACUUCAAAUGGGUAGUUACAGUUAGAAUUUUUGGCAACUUACUCAGAAUGGUAUUUGUAUUGUAGCCAUUAUUUUUUUCAAGCAGUAUAUAGUACAUUUCUAUCUAAAUACUGCUCUUUAGAGGAGCAUUCUAAGCACCAAAACCACUUUAUCGUAAUGGUACAUAGGCCCUAUCCCUAUAGCUGUUUUUGAGAAAAAGACAAUUUUAACUUUCUCAGAAAAAACACACUUCUUGCAGCUGUCAGACACACUACCACUAGAGCAUGUCCUCAUUAUGACUUUCAAAGAACUUUACAUUCAGUAUCAGCUGGCGAGAGGAGACAAUCUAGGCACUUUAUUACAAAUAAGUUUAAUGGAGUUUUUUGCUUUUUUUUUAAUUGUUUUUUAAAAAGAGGGUCCUAUAGCAUAAUGCAUAGGAACACUCUCUAAGAGUAAAAAUAAGUUUAAUAAUUAUAAAUCUUAAAAAGUGUCACUUCCUUAACGCGAUACAGAGAAAAUAUUCUAAGCAGUUUAUAAAAUGAGGUGCUUUGGGACAAAUCUGAUAUAACUGAGGUUUACAUAAUCAGAGUUUGCAUAUGUAAUGUUAGCAUUUGCCUCUCUCCUGGCUAUAAAACUUUCAGUAAUACAUUAACUUAAAUUGAAAUAUUCAGAAUAUUUGAAUAGAUUCUGAGGAUCACAUCUGUCAAGUUGAUUUAUGGACAGGAGGUUGGGCUGAAUGACCCAGCCCGGUGGCCAGGAACUUCAUCUUUCAAUGUCACACGUGAGCAUAAGCAAAUAUAACUUUAGCAAAUCUUUGGCAUAGGUCUAUAUACAACAAAAGGGUGUUAAGUACACUCUCCCUGCCCUUGGAUACACAGUUCCUCAUUUGAUAAACAUCUCGCAUGACUGUUUAAUGUGCACUGUACGUUAAUAGCAGCACAGUUGACUUUUAGUUUCUCUAGAUCUGAGGCUGGAAUGGGUAACCUUCUUUCAAAAUUGCCACAAACUAAGUAUUGCUAAACCAGAAUAAGGUAUGUUAGUAUUUAUUUACUACUUACUAAACUAAAAUUAAAGUUACUUUGCAUUUGCUGUUUUUAGUUAAAGUGGACUAUGGUAUAGAAUGCAAUAUACUAAAAGAUGUCUGAAUGCCGUCCCUUACAAAUAGUGGCAAGCAAUGCCUCAUUACCUAAUUGCCACUAAAGUAUCUUGAUUUCUUUAAGUAUGUUAGUGGCAGAGGGUCACACAGUGUCAGGAUUUUAGAGUUAAUUGUAGUUCAUAACUUUAUGUUCCUGUGUUUUGUUUAUUUGCUCAUUUGAGUGGAAUUCUUCAUAUAUUGCUAUACGUCCUUCUAGCAAGGUUUUUAAGUUCCCUCAGCCAAACCUUUUUUUUGUGAUAUGUAAUGUUUACAGUGUGCUAAUCUGGAGUUACUGUACAUGCCAAGCUAUGUUUGUAUUAUACAACCACACAAAAAUAAAUUCAGCACGGAAGCAAAGUGACAUGAGUUCAAAAGCAGCUUGAAUACAAAGACGGAGUCUUUUUUUCCGAUCAGAAAACUGGAUAAAAAUAGGGGGCAGUGCUUCACUAAUCCAUGACAAGGUAUAUGUGGAGUGAUAGUGAGGAAUUUUCUCGGUCAGGAAUUUUCCCUUGCCAUGGUCUUUUGUAUCAAUUUGCAACUCUCUGUAUUUCUCUUUGUCCCCAGACCAGCUGGCGAGUAGCCCCAAUGAACGAUACAAGACAAGGUUCAAAGUGACUUCUGACCCUUUAAUAAGCUGUGUAACAAGUCAAAUACAGCAGGAAACAGGGGUGGUCGUUACAAGCAUUAUCCAAUCUAAUAAAAUCAUCUAUCUUAUCUUAACAUCUUAACCAAUAGCAAGCUUGCAGGUGUAUCUUCAUGUUCGGGCCUUGCUCAAAGCUAAAUUUCACUAUAACUACGCACUUCAAAUUAAUAUGCAUGCGCACUACGAAUUAAAGAUAUUUACUACUCAGUUCUAAAUUACAUAUUACUAUGCAGUUAUGAUCAAAGGGAGAAACACAGGAAAUAAGGCCAACAGCAGAAACAUACAGGAUAUAACACCUGUUACUUGUUGCACAAUGUUCUAUAACUCUUGUCUAGGGGUAUAUUCACUAAGCACUGGAUAUAGAUAAAGUAUAUUAUUUCAAAUAGCUGACAUGUUAACCAAUUUUAAACAGACUGGCCAGCCGGUCAUCUGUAGCUUAAGCCCUGGGUAAACAUAAGCAAAGUGUAUUAUUCCCAACAUGGAGAGAACCAGAGAAGAAAUAAUAGUGUAGUAUUUAAUACUGUAGCGGUGAUAGGUUAAAAAAAAAAAGAUGUGCACUCAUACUUUCCUGGAGCUUCAAUACAGGUCCAGUCUAUGCGUCUGGGCGGAAUAAUCCCCGCCUAUGGAUCAAGUGCAGAGGUAAUUCUUUGAGUAAUAGGUGUGGUAGGGGGUAUCCUCAUAAAAUAUAAACAAAUAAAAAUCGUAUACGAUGAAGUAUGUAGAGCUAUGGAGCAAGGGUAGGUAAAAACUAUAAAAUGUACACUCACGUGUAAUGGAGCCGUAAAACAUGGCUCCUCUGAUAGCGCUUGAAGUGGUAUGAUCCCCACUCAAGGAUACAGGUGUAAAUAUAAAUUAUUCCGUCCGUGUAUAUGUGGAUAUAAACAAACAGAACCACAAUAGUGUACACCGUAAAAAGGAGUGUAAGCAGAAAUAAAUAAGUUAAACCUACUCACAUGCUAAAGAGCAAGUUCCGGUUUGCUCAAUCCAAAGCGCUUGGGUGGUAUGAUCCCCACCAGGGAUAUAGUUCCAAACAAUCCAACAGCAGCAAAGUUAGGUCCAAUUAAAACAGUACUUUAAUAUUAAAAAAAGAAAAGUAAUACAAUAUAUAAUAUAAAAUAGUAAUAAAAAAAGUUAUAAACAAUACACUAAACGUGUUUCUCCUUGGUAGGCUUUUUUUGAUUGCCUACGCGUUUCUCCUUGGUAGGCUGAUUUUGAACAUUUGCCUACUGACAAAAAAAUGAUCAGUCUAUACUUUUAAUGGUAGAUGUAUUUUAACAGUGAGAGACAGAAUAACAAAAAAAAAUGCAUGUCAAAAAAGUUAUAAAUUGAUUUGCAUGUCAGUGAGUGAAAUAAGUAGUUGACCCCUUCGACUUAGUACUUGGUGGCAAAACCCUUGUUGGCAAUCAGACGUUUCUUGUAGUUGGCCACCAGGUUUGCACACAUCUCAGGAAGGAUUUUGUCCCACUCCUCUUUGCAGAUCCUCUCCAAGUCAUUAAGGUUUUGAGGCUGACAUUUGGCAACUUGAACCUUCAGCUCCCUCCACAGAUUUUCUAUGGGAUUAAGGUCUGGUGACUGUCUAGGCCACUCCAGGACUUUAAUGUGCUUCUUCUUGAGCCACUCCAUUGUUGCCUUGGCUGUGUGUUUUGGGUCAUUGUCAUGCUGGAAUACCCAUCCACGACCCAUUUUCAAUGCCCUGGCUGAUGGAAGGAGGUUCUCACACAAGAUUUGACAGUACAUAGCCCUGUCCAUUGUCCCUUUGAUGCGGUAUAGUUGUCCUGUCCCCUUAGCAGGAAAACACCCCCAAAGCAUGGUGGAGAUGGUGAUCUUGGGGUCAUAGGCAGCAUUCCUCCUCCUCCAAACACGGCGAGUUGAUGCCAAGGAGCUUGAUUUUGGUCUCAUCUGACCACAACACUUUCACCCAGUUCUCCUCUGAAUCAUUCAGAUGUUCAUUGGCAAACUUCAGACGGGCCUUUACUUUCUUUAGCAGGGGGACCCUGCGGGCACUCUAGGAUUUCAGUCCUUCAUGGCGUAGUGUGUUACCAAUUGUUUUCUUGGUGACUAUCGUCCCAGCUGCCUUAAAGUCAUUAACAAGAUCCUCCCAUUUAGUUUCUGGGCUGAUUCUUCACCAUUUUCAUGAUCAUUAAAACUCCACGAGGUGAGAUCUUGCAUGGAGCACCAGACCGAGGGAGACUGACAGUUAUUUUGCGUUUCUUCCAUUUGCGAAUAAUCGCACCAACUGUUGUCACCUUCUCACUUAGCUGCUUGUCGAUGGUCUUGUAGCCCAUUCCAGCCUUGUGUAGGUCUACAAACCUGUCCCUGACAUCCUUGGACAGCUCUUUGGUUUUGGCCAUUGUGGAGAGUUUGUAAUCUGAUUGAUUGCUUCUGUGGACAGGUGUCUCAUAUUCCAGUUAACGAGCUGAAAUUAGGAGCACUCCCUUUUAGAGAGUACUUCUAAUCUCAGCUCGUUACCUGUAUAAAAGACACCUGGGAGCCAGAAAUCUUGCUGAUUGAUAGGGGAUCAAAUACUUAUUUCACUCAUUGACAUGCAAAUCAAUUUAUAAUUUUUUUUACAUGCAUUUUUUUUGUUAUUCUGUCUCUCACUGUUAAAAUACAUCUACCAUUAAAAGUAUAGGCUGAUCAUUUCUUUGUCAGUAGGCAAAUGUUCAAAAUCAGCCUACCAAGGAGAAACGUGUAGGCAAUCAAAAAAAGCCUACCAAGGAGAAACACGUUUAGUGUAUUGUUUAUAACUUUUUUAUGGAUUUCUGGAUUUUUAUAUUUUUUUGUUAUUCUGUCUCUCACUGUUAAAAUACACCAGCUAAUUAAAAUUAUAGACUGAUCAUUUCUUUAUCAGUGGACACAUGUUCAAAAUCAGCAGUGGAUCAAAUACUUUUUUCCCUCACUGUAGAGAAAAGCCACCAGAGGGCUCACAUUAACUUACACAUUCAUCUCACACUCAAAGCAAACACCAACAAACAGUCAUCUAAAAACAUGAUGAGUUCACAUUGACAUAGACACUUGUCUCGCACACACACAGGAUUCAAACUAGCACACGCCUUCAUCUCACAUCCUCACAUGGUGAGUUCACACUAACACAUGCCUAUCACACUCGCUGAAUUCACACUAUGAAACCCAACUAAUUCAAAUAUACUGAAUUCACUCUGCUGCAAACACUGAUAACAACGAUAAAAUACACACACAAACCAAUAAACAAUAUACAUUUACAACACACUAGUCAUUUACAUACACUUCACAAAAUAAGAGCCCCAAGCUAGCAAGAUAAGCUAAUUCAGAAACAAUAUAGCGAUUACUCAAUAAUUAGAGCUAGAUUGACAGGGUUAUUGGAGUAAUGUGACAGUCACAAUAUCUAUUUUCAGUUUUCUUUUAUUUAGUCGAUUAUAAAAUGGCUGCCACUAAUACACUGGUCCUCCAGUUGUAUCUGUCUUUUUUAUUUAUUAAUAGUUUGCCGGACUCUGCCUGUAACUGUGCAUAGAGGUUGGCUUCUAUUUUGUAUGCAAAGCCUCGAUUCAGAUGUGCCAUUGCAGUCAGACAGGAGUAAGAGUCCAGAGGUAAUUUAGGCCAGUAAAAGGUUAUCCAUAUGUCACAUAUCUAGUCCAUAACUACGGUGACAUUGGGAAUGUAAAUUAAACCUCACUCAUAAGAUCCAUCAAGUUUUUCAGCUGUAGACCAAAGAAACCCUUAAUCCAACAAAGGUCUCUAUUUAACCCCUUAAGGACACAUGACGGAAAUAUUCCAUCAUGAUUCCCUUUUAUUCCAGAAGUUGUAUCAUUAAGGGGCUAAUGAGUGUUCCAAAUUAUCCAACAAUGUUAGAAAUUCCAAAUGAUUUUACUACAAAAACCCCCAUAGUCUUUAAUGCUGACUUCUAUAGAUCAAUCAUUUGAUAAAUGUUCUAACAAUAUUAAAUAAUUUGGAAAGCAUAUUAAAUUGUGCCAAUGUCAAUAAUGCAAACAGAAACACAGGAAGCAAUAGGGAACCACAGCAGCAGGGUCCUGACUGGUAGGUUUAAUAAAACAUUAAUCCUUUUUCUCUCUCCACCUACUAGUUAAUAGUUUGCAUUUCCACAGUCCAAUAGCCAGUAAUGCAUUUUCUCUGCACAGAGUAGCCUCUUUCUGCCUGCUACCAAAUGAAGAAAAGGGUUUUGAACCACAAUCAACUGAUAACCACAAAUCCACAUGGGCCUCCACGUGGAUUUGUGGUUAUGAGUUCAGUGUGGUUUUAAAACUUUUUUUUUCAUUUGGUUACUAAGUAUAACUUGAACAGAGGAGCGAGCACCACUCAACUGCUUGCUUUGUCUUCAUUGAGUGAGAAAUUCAAUUAAUAUUAUGUAUACUAUUAUCAAAAAUAAUAGAUCAGGGUGGUGCAGUAGACAUUGUUUACCUAGAUUUCAGUAAGGCUUUUGACACUGUUGCACAUAGAAGGCUUAUCAAUAAACUGCAAUCUUUAAGUUUGGAUUCCAAUAUUGUUGAAUGGGUAAGGCAGUGGCUGAGUGACAGGCAACAGAGGGUUAUAGUCAAUGGAGUAUAUUUGAAGCUUGGGUUUGUCACCAGCUGAACCUGUUGGUACCUGUUGGUACCUCAGGAAUCUGUACUUGGACCCUUUCUCUUUAAUAUUUUUAUUAGUGAUAUUGCAGAAGGUCUUGAUGGUAAGGUAUGUCUAAGAUACUGAUACUAAGAUAUGUAACAGGGUUGAUGUUCCAGGAGGGAUAAGCCAAAUGGCAAAUGAUUUAGGUAAACUAUAAAAAUGGUCAGAGUUGUGGUAAUAUUUGAUACAUUACUAACUUCAACAUUGGAGGAAAGGGAUUAUUUCAGAUAACUUAAAGGUAGGCAGACAAUGUAAUAGAGCAGCAGGAAAUGCUAGCAGAAUGUUGGUUGUAUAGGGAGAGGUAUUAGCAGUAGAAAGAGGGAAGUGCUCAUGCCAUUGUACAGAACACUGGUGAGACCUCACUUGGAGUAUUGUACACAGUACUGGAGACCGUAUCUUCAGAAGGAUAUUGAUACCUUAGAGAGGGUUCAGAGAAGGGCUACUAAACUGGUUCAUGGAUUGCGGGAUAAAACUUACCAGGAAAGGUUAAAGGAUCUUAACAUGUAUAGCUUGGAGGAAAGACGAGACAGGGGGGAUAUGAUAGAAACAUUUAAAUAUAUAAAGGGAAUCAACACAGUAAAGGAGGAGACUAUAUUUAAAAGAAGAAAAACUACCACAACAAGAGGACAUAGUCUUAAAUUAGAGGGACAAAGGUUUAAAAAUAAUAUCAGGAAGUAUUACUUUACUGAGAGGGUAGUGGAUGCAUGGAAUAGCCUUCCAGCUGAAGUGGUAGAGGUUAACACAGUAAAGGAGUUUACGCAUGCGUGGGAUAGGCAUGCGGCUAUCCUAACUAUAAGAUAAGGCCAGGGACUAAUGAAAGUAUUUAGAAAAUUGGGCAGACUAGAUGGGCCGAAUGGUUCUUAUCUGCAGUCACAUUCUAUGUUUCUAUUAGUUUAUCAAUUUGGGAUAGCUGUAGUUGUCCCCCCCAUUUGUAUCUCCUUCUUCCUGACUGGAACAAUCAAAAAGAAAUACCAAUGUUUGAAAUGAACAACAGCUAGGGCCAUGCACAAUUCUUGGUCAUCUGCCCACAUUCCCGUAUUAAAUACAUUUCUGUUGGAUUCUUACUGUUAGAAGCUUUAAUUUUCUGUCACAUGUUGAAUCUGUGAUACAAUGACUUUUUUUCUAAAUGCCUUUAUCUUAUCAGUUCGAUCAGAGACAGAACCUGUUGGUGCACAAGCUUCUCUAACUGACAGGCACUUGUUUAUCCAUGUAUUAAAGUGAUCUACUUAACAUCGAAUAACCGAUUUAAAAUAAAACAAACCGGUUUGUUCACUAAACUGAUAAUCUGAGACAAUGGGCAGGGAAUUGCAAAUAUAAAAUCAAAAUAGCUAAACACGAGAAAUAAUCCACCUUUAAUUUUCUAGGCUGAAUAUUUUAUUCUAAAAUUUUCAAAAUUUCCAAUUGUGUUCUUCAAUGCUGGAUCAAGGAUUGGCUUUGAUUUGUAUAUUUUAUCUACAUGUUCUGGUCAGGGGGGAAAAAACAGCAUAGAUGCUAAGCAAACACUACACAUAUAGUAUUUCAAUUUCUAUGUUUAUUUUAAAAACAUAUUUUGCUUCUAUUAAAACUAAGUUUUUAAUGUUUCAUUGCUCUUUGAACUAAAAGAAAGAGUUAGAGAGACGGGGAAAUGGAUUAAUAACUCUUAACAAUGGUCAUAUAAUGGAAUGGAAUAUAUUAAAAUGUGUCAAAUAAAAAUCUAUCACGUUGGUAACAUUAAGCAUUAAUAAUUAAUAUACUGUGUUUAUAUUUCAUACACAUACUCGGAGGCCUUCAUUCAUAAUUGUAUUUCGCUGCAUGGAAUUAUGCAUUGAGAACUUUGAGAGCGUAAAAUGUAUUCCAUAAAAACAAUAAUCUGUUCCUAAAAUAUAUUAAAAAGUAAAUAAAAGCACUAAUAAAAAUAAUAAUUAUAAUGAUGAUGAGAAAGCAAUCCUCCCACAGAUUCCUUUACAUCGUAUAUAAAAUGCAUUGGGUUUUCCAGAGAAUGUGGCUAUUGUUAUGCCCCCCUAAAGAUUUAGCCAUUAAAUAUUUGAUAGAUAUAUAUGUAUUUAAAUUGUAUGGGGAUGUAAGUGCAUAGUGUAGUGGAGUACUUGCAGUCACCAUUCUAAAAGGUCAUUAUUUUUGUGAUUUCUACAUUCAAAUCUUGGCAGCCUACUUCUGUAAUGCGGGGUCCCUAUAAAAAUUUAAUUGGGUGGGACUGCACUGGAGCACUGCAUGUAUUUUUCAGAAACACCAAAUAUUAACUGUUACAGUGCCAGUUAUGUUAUCAAUGUAUCGCACAUGCUGGGAGAGCUAACGUUGAGAUUUAAAGCUCCUAUCUAUAUGUUAAACCAUUAUUUCAAUGUCAGCAUAAUCAUUUUGAAGAUAUUGCACCUUUUUGGAGCUGUUUUCUCUAACCAAAUGGUGCUUUGUGCAUUGUUAUGCCUUUUUUGGUAAAUUCUGAAUCACUUUUGUCCAAAGAUACCUCCCAUUCUCUAAACCCUCAUUCCCAUGCUUUCAUUACAUAUUCGGAUUAAUGUAGCUUAAUUAAUCAUUGGAAAGGAAUUCUCAUAUCGGGUAAAUAUAAAAUAAACAACAAAGUGGACAUUUGAAAUUCAGUGGGUUUCAUGUGUCAGAGAAAGUAGGUUAUUCAAUACAUCGUUAUAGCAGUUCUAUCUAAAAUUAUUUUGGACUCAAGAAGUCCGUGGUUACCUACAGUUAUGGCACUCAUGUUAGAUGCAGAAGAAGUGCUCAAUAAACAUACUUUUCCACUAAAUGAUAUGUUAAAUAAUCAAAUGUCUAUAAGUGCAUGUGGCUUUAGAAAAGUGAUUUUGGCAGCAUUUUAUUCAGUAGAUUACACACUUGCUACUGCACUCCAAUAAAUUACUGACUCUAUUUUGUGCUGAUUGCCACUUGUCAAAGAGAGAGAGAGAGAAAAUUGCAUGAAAAUAGUGUCAUGGAGUAGUGGAGUAUCAAUCACUUUCGCCACUAGGUGGCAUAUGCAUACACCAAAGUGGUCCAUGAACUGUGAAUUAAUCAUCCAAAACUCAUUGCAAGGGAUACAUUAUUUGACUAGUAAUUUCGUUCACUAUUAUGACAUUUUAGAUGACCAAUUGCUGCUACUAAAUAACAAAUAAUACUAUUAUAUACAGCAGGGCUUUUUAUUGUCAAUGUGUCACUACUUGAAACAAGCAUGUUCUCUUACAAAUAACUAUUGCCAUUUACAUUCCAGUUCUCGUACUGAAAUGAAAUAGUAAUAUAGUCUGCAGGACAUUAGUCUCUAUGGGACCAACAUUGUGCUACAGCUGUGGUUAAACCUAUUUAAUCAAGUUGAUAUUUAUAAAUAAAAAAUGAGGUACAUGGGGGCACAAACAAACAGACCUAAAUGUGCAGGUCUUUAAAAUUAAUGUAUUCUACAAAAAUAAAAUACAUAUUUAUUCAAUGUAUGGUAAAUAGAAGGUAUGAGUUGUAUCAGCCCACCUGAUCAGACCAGAUGCAAGUUCCCUUAAGCAUACUUAAGGUUCAGCCAUAUUGUACUUUUGACCUUUCAUGAUUCUGGUGACCCUUAUAAUGCAUUUAUAAUACUUAUUUUCACUUUUUUUUGUGUUUUACUGACACUACUGAAUACAGGUCAAUCUUUUCAUUGGCGUCUAAGCCCGCAGUCCACAAAGAAAUUGUGGAUUAGCAGAGCAGGAUCAUGAUCAGAAUUUACAAGACAUUUGCAUAAAUUAAUUUGUUUUAAUGUCUGCAAGAAAACAGUUAAUCAUGAAAUUAUUUAAAAUUACUUUGUUUUUACCAAUUAACAGUGCCUAGAACAUGGGGUAGGCAACCUUUUAGCAGCACUGUGCCGAUAUAGGAUUGUGAUGUCCCGUAGCGUGCCGGUCCUAUUGUUUUAAAUUGAGGUGUGUAUGCUGCCGUAUUCUGCUUGUGUUAUUAUAUUGCAGUUUCUUUGUAUCGUUGUAUUUGUGCAUAUAUGAGCUAUUAUAUUGUAUAUGUUCAUGAGUAGUUUGUGGUAUUGAGUACCUAUGAAUGUGGGCUGUGUAUCGGGGCAGCUUGUUGAAUUGUGUGGGAUGGAUAUGUCACAUUAUGUGUUUGGUAGUGUGUGUAUGUGGAUUGCAUGUGGGGUUGUGUGUGUGUAUGUGGAUUGCCAGUGGUGUUGAGUUUGUGAGGAUUAUGUGUGGGCUGUCGUAUUAUUUGUAUGAGGGAAGGGUUAUUCUGAAGCUCUGUGUAUAUGUAGCAAUGUGGGUGGCUUCCCUGGUUUCCAGAGUGGACCAGGCUGGCCAGGUACAGCUCAAGGACAGGAGCCGCUCUACUACAGUCUGGAUUCCUAUUCACAAGUGCUGUGAGGAAGUGAUCUGAAAUCACUUCCUCUACGUGCUGCAAUGCAUAAAUUGAGGAUUGUCCUUCACCACCUUUUCGUAUUAGCAAAUAUCAGAAGUUUCACUGGGACUCCUGAUAGGCCAGAGCCUGUUUGGCUCUAGCAGUCUUGAGUGCCGUGCAAAGGCACCUCAAGGGGUUGCCUACCCCUGGCCUAGAACAUAUCUCCAUUAUGUAAGAAUCAUAACCUUUGAAAACAUCAUGUCUUGUUUUAUCACUGGAUUUUUUUUAACUCAAAUAUAUUAUUGUUAAAAUUGUUACUUAAAAAUAAAAGGCAGCGUACUAUACGUUUUUUGUUGUUUAACUGAACAAGACAUUGAGGUACGCUUACAAUCAACACCAUACAGAGCUUAGACUAAAAAAAGCAAAAGUCUUGUAAAUGCACCAAAAGGGAAUGUUUAAAUUAUAAACGCUAUCAACCUGUCUGGUUUCAAUUAAUUUUUUUUUUUUGCAAGCCAUGUCAUAUAUUUCACUCAUCUUCUUUACUCGCUACUUAAAACCAAUCUGAAGAGAAAACUUCAUUGUACAAAUCAGAUAUCUCUGACAUAAAUUCACGACAAAAGCGACUCCACAGAUAUUGGUCACAUUUCGGCUCCCUUGGGUAAUGGCGUGCUACAUAAAUAUGUAUGUGUCUGCCUGAAGUGUUGAUAGUGUGCUGGAACUGUUGAUAAUAAAGAUAAACUAAGUAUAUAUAAUCACAAUAGCUGUUCUCAUUUUAUAUGACUCUAUUUGCAAUAAAACCAGAUUCACUGAUAUGAGAAAAUGGCAAGGUUAAAAAAUAAUUGGAGUAGACUCGUAGAAAAAAAAAAAAAAGAACUCUAGAGGGACAUCAUUUAUAAAGUGGUUUGCUUGCCAGAGAUAUUUAUUCAGGAUCGAAUAAAAUCUGGAUCAAACCGUUACUUCGUUGUUUGGCCUUUUUUAACGUUUAAUGGCCUUUGAGAAAUCUUUCCCUGUAACAAACAACAAAAAAAGCAUGUCCACAGUCAAUUUUUAUAUAUGGGUCAUUUUAUGUUGUCUUAUGUCUGACAAUAUGGUGUUAUUUAUAGUGUUAGAAGAAGUAAUUUAACUCAGCAAUGUCAUACAAGGACUUGUGCUCACUGAAUCACACAAUGUUAGUCCUUCGGUUACUGAAAUAGCUAUAGUAAAAGGAUUAACAAUAUCACCGUAAGACAGGCUGAAGUUGUAUAUUGUACCAUGAGGUUUACGAAUUUAGCUAGUGGACUUAUGGAACGGGAAAUGUGAAAAAUGUGGUAGAUGUUCCUUUUUUUAUAUCUGUUGGGUUAUUGACUGGCAUGCCCUAGUGAAGCAUGGUCAACAUGAUGCUAAUAUCCUAGAACAGGGGUAGGCAACCUACAGCACUAGUGCCAUGCACGGCACUCGAGGUGUCUUUGCACGGCACUCAAGGUUGCUAGAGCCAAACAGGCUCUGGCCUAUCAGGAGUCCCAGUAAAACUUCAGAUAUCUGCUAAUCCAAAAAGGUGGAUCUCAGAUCACUUCCUCCCAGCACUUGUGCAGCAGUAGAGAAACACACAGUUGCAGCUCCUGUCUUUGACAUGUUCCUGGCUGACCUUGUCCCCCACUGGAACCCAGGGAAGUCACCCACACUGCUAGAUAUACACAGAAAUGCAGAAUAACCCUUCCCACCAUACAAAUAAUACGGACAGCCAACACACAAACAUACACACAAUCCAAACAAACGCAACACCACUAACAAUCCACAUACAUGCAGCCUCUCAUAUGCAAUACCCCAAACAGUCCCCACACACUACCAAACACACAAUGUGACAUAUCCAUCCACACACACAAUUCCACAAGCAGCCCCCAUACACAGCUUACAUUCAUAUGUAUUAUACACAAUACCAUAAACUACUCAUGAACAUAUACAAUAUAAUAGCUCAUAUACGCAGGGCUGUCUUUAAUGCAGGGCAAACGGGGCAGCUGCACAGUGAGCCCCGCUGGCCUCAACUAUUUCUCACCCCCCGGCCGGUAAUCCGCACACUAAGGAGGCCCACCGGCUGGUCCACACACAAAGGGCCACCCGGUGGGCUUCUGUCAGCAGGGGUCUGGUCGCGCGCUGAGGCGCUUUAACAGUGGGAGUGGGCCCCUUGCUUUUCGGCAGCAGGCUGGGAGGAAGGGACAGCCGUGCAUCACUUCCUCCCACAAAGAGAGGAGCGCGCGAAAAAAAAAAAAAAGAGUAGGCAGAGUGGAGGGGGGCUGGCCGAGAGAGCCAGACCCCAACUCCCAACACCUUCAGCAGGAAAGGUAGGAAACUGGGGGGUGGGUUUUAAAGUGUAAAUUUUGUGUGUGUUAGUAUGCUUGUGUGUUUGUGUGUGUGUGUGUGUCAUAUCUGUGUGUGUGUGUCAGUAUUUGUGUGUCAGUAUGUCUGUGUGUCUGUCCAUCUGGGUCUGUCAGUGUGUGUGUGUCAGCGUUGAGGUGGAGGACGUGAUUGCAUGCCAAAUGCUUGGCCCAGGGUCCAGUCAAUAUUAAAGACAACCCUGCAUAUACAUAUGUUACUGUUAUUGUACUGAUUCUGUGUAUGUUAUUGUAUCUGAUCGUGUGUCUAUGUUUUUGUAUAUUACUGUGUGUGACUGUGUGUCUAUGAAUGUUAGUGUGUGUGAUUGUGUCUAUGCAUGUUACUUUAUGUAUGUGAUUGUCUGUCUAUGCAUGGUGACUUAAAGAGGGAUUUUGUAUCCAUGGCAAUCUAACAGGACAAUCAGAGAGAAUUGUCUCCUUUGUUUGCGCUUUUAGUGAUCCAUACCAUGUAUCACACAAUCCCCUGGAGUAUGAUAUCUCAUACCAAAUACUUUUAGUGAUUCAGAAUUGAUGGGGUCAGCAUUGCCAAUCUACAAUUGACCCAGGUACCUAAAUAACUUACUCGUAGCUACUAUUUUAGUUGUCAAUCUGAAUCAACUUUAAUCAAAAUGCUUAUAGGAGAUAUGUAGUUAUAGUUAACCUGGUCUAGAGUAAAAUAAUUGGGGCAGCCUCAGGAGUGCAUGGGAUUACUGAUUAUUUAUGGGAUGAGAAUAGCUGUACCCCAAAAUAUAGUAGUGCCCUCAAUAUUUGGGGGAGCACUCAAAGUUUACUAUAAUCCCACUCACCAAUACUAAACCCUCAAAUGUUAUAAAUAUGUCCUACUUAUUCCAUAAUGAACCUACAUCUGUUAAUUCUGUAUAUUUAUUUAUGCAUUGGUUUUCAAUACAUUCAGAUACAUUGUAUCGGAUCAAUACUCAAUAGAUAUAAAACUGUCCUUCUCAUAUAUGAUUGUUGUGUGUUGACAGCAAUUUUAUUAUUAUUAUUAUUAUUAUACAGAACAACGAAUAGGUUCAUCCUCUUUAUGCACCAUAUCUAUACAAUAAAAGAUAAAAUAUAAUAUUGAUAAAAUUACACUCAUCGCCCUGAAAACUGACUGCCGCCCACAAUGUACAGUGAACCAGGUGAAAAAAACGACAGAAAUUACACAUUAUGUCAAACUGAUUUUUUUUUGUUAAAGCAAACUGAAUAGGAAUUUAAAAAAAUAGGAGAGAAAUGUGUGUCAUGGGAAAAAAAAAACCUGGAGGGCACAAGAAAAUAUUAUAAGAGAAAAAUUAAACCCAAAAAAGGUGACUAUAUGCAGAAAAUGCAUUGAACCAAAUCAAAUGGCCUCUAGCCAAGAUAAUCUCUUUAAAGAGAACAAUUUCUGAGAUAAAUUAUUUUUAUACACAUUUUCCAUCACCGUGAAUGAAAGAAAAGGAUUGUAACGACAGUAGUAUAUUAGUAGUGGUGGCUUUGGACGUCAAGAAUACUGUUAAAAGCAAUUUAAUAACAGUAUUAUAUUUAUUGUGCCCAUGGAGAUAACAGAAUGCAAAAAUAUAAAUACAUUAAAUAAGAUAAAAUAUACAGAACCUUUUUCUAAAAAGAGUUAAAAGGAAACAGAAUAAAUUCCACGUGCAGCCAUGUUAACCCUUUCAUUAUUUUUCUAUACCCGACAUUGAAUCAUAUAAUGAAGUGAUUUGACAUUGAUUUGACCUUGAGAAGAGUUACAGAUAGAGAGAUGAUCAUAAGCUGUAUAUUUUCAUGAAAAAAAUAGCAGAUAUUUUAGAUAAUAGUGUAAACCAGCGGUGUCUAGCCUUUGCCCCUCACUUGAUGCUAAGAUAAAUUUUAAAAAGGACACUCCAGACCCCACUUUUGUUUGCUGGAAAGCUUUUUGUGUGAGGAGUGUGUCCUCUUGUUUUCAGUUUGCAAAAAGUGCAAAUUUCAAUAAAAAUGUACACUUUUAUAAACUGGUUACACCCCCUUAACUUUCAAUCAGAGAACAGCUUCUGUUACUUCCUGGUUUGGUAAACUCAGUGAAGCUAAACUCAAGAGGCAUCAGUUGCCCAGAGCAACUAACUUGCAAAUACUUCUCAUUGAAAUGCAUUGGGAAGUCUGUGAUUGGACAGACACAGAAAGUCUGGGUGGGGUUAGAAGGGUUGGGCUUGCAAAGGCUGCAGACAGGAAAAAAUUGGUUUUGCAUCCUGAUUUUCAAUAUAACUCCAAUAAAUAAAUGUAUAAUCAAAUUCAUCUAAGUUUUCUUUUGGUGCAUAUCUACUAAAUAUUGAUUUAUUUUCUAUUUGAGCAGUGGAGUGUCCCUUUCACAAAUUUUGACAAUGGGCUGACAGAGUAUCCUGUAAUUUGUAGACAAGUAAAAUGCAGGAAUAUAUAAAUUUAACGUAUUGAUAGGGAUCAAUUAUCACAAUGCUGGGACAAAUAAAUGGCUGAAAUAUGUUGUAUGCCAUUUUCAAAACCGGGACACGAAAUGUAUAAAUAUUUAGUAUACAACUAAUCAAACGAUGGUACAAAAAUGUAUAAUAUAUGGGAUGCAAUUCUCAACAGAUGCCUACAUCAAUACUGCGUAAAAGGUCACCUGACAGUAAUUAUGCAAGUGAAACACAAAAAUCUCAAAGACGUGUGCAUUUUACAGAACCCGAAGCAAUUAUUAUACCUGGUGAGUAAAUUAAUAAUAUGUUUGCACAUUCAAAUUAAUGAGAGCACGGAGGGGUGAUACAAAGAAAUAAAAAUCUGCGCAUGUAUGUAUUGUCAAUAUAAGAAUAUACACAUACUCACAGUAACACUGUAUAUUUCACACUAUAUCACUAUUUAUGUUAAAAUAUAUUUUCUAUAACCAUUGACAAAAUAACUUAGAAGUCUGGUGGUUAUGUCACUGAGUUUAGUGUUUGUGAUUAGAUUGUAUACCAAUGUAUAAAUAUAGGAACACUACGCACACCAUAACCUCCUGUUUUCUGUGCAUUGAUUAGAGUACAAUAAAUCCCUGUCCAUUCAUUUUGUUUACUUUAACUGAAGCAAAAUAGUUUAGUUGCAAAUAGCUGGCUACCGUUUUUGCUCCCACCCUGCGAUAUCUCAGUGGGCAGCUAUCCCUUGGACAUACAAGAUCCGUUUUAAGCAUUAUGGAAUGCCUUUUCUAUAAGAGAACUUGUAUCCUAGCGAUAGCUAGAAAAAUAGUGUAAUUCGUCCAAAUAAGCUAUACAGGAAUUUAAAGGAAGUUUAGAGACAGUUUUUAUUACUUUCACAGGUUGGUUCAUUCAUGUGUUUUCAUGAAUGCAACUACCCAUUAAUUGCAUACCUAGAAACCUUGCUAAGUAAUGAUUUAUGUGGCAUGCCGAAUCCAUGCUAAAUAAUGGGACAGCCGUGGCUGCCUGAUAAUUCUCUAGGGGAUGAGGGUCAAAUUAGCCUUUGCAUUAUGACAGAUAAACCUAAUGCAGUGCCAGUUAAAACCUCAGAAAAUGCGUGAUGUCCUUACAAAGAAAUAAAUAAACGACUAAGUGUCAUCUGCUUGCACACCCUCCAAUCGCUAUAAAGUUAACAUACAAAGAAGUACAAGUUUACUCGGUACAAACCUGAUUAUUCUAUUUAAUCUGUACAGCAAAUAUUUAAAAUUCCCCUAGCUGGAUAUAUUUCCCUUUAGAAUUUUUGUUUCGCAGUAAUAGAUCAAGCAACCACUCUGUGUUCUUUGCGCGGUCUCUCUCUCUCUCUAUGUUAAUUCCUAAACUUACGGUUUGUGCUUAAAACAAUUCCAUAAUAUGCAAAAGGAGAGAGCUUGAUGGAGGUUCAGAAAACACAUAAAUACUUUUAGACAUAUAUAAUAAAAGCUAAAAUAUAAAAUAUAUAUAUAUAUAUAUAUAUAUAUAAAAGGUGUAUUGAUUUUCUUUUUAACUAUCUACUUAAAAUGUAACCCUUACAAGUAAACAGUAAACUAACAACAAAAGCAUAUCCCAAUAGAGACCUCAUUUAUAAAUUGUUGGAUAAACUUUUCAAAUUAUUUAGCAUUUUUGGAUAAACAUUUAAAAAUAUAUUUUUAAAAUCUUAAAAUAUAAAAAAAUAUAUAUAUUAAAAAUAAAAAAGCAUCCAAGCUAAACUGUCACCACUAAGAGGAGCUCCUGCUGCAUAUCGACUAUUUGGCCGAUCUACCUACCAUUGCUGAGAUAGUCUGAUGGCAACCUACUCACCCUAGCUCCUUUAUGAGGGUGGAACUUGCCUGAUUCCUUUUCUAUUCUCCCAGGUGAGCAAAGUGGUGAAGAGAAAGGUCUGGGCUUACACAGGCUCUCUGCAGACUAGAGUGAUGUGACUUGCUCCCAGAUCCCCUCGAGGCCUUAUUCUUCCCUCUAUCGAGAGGUAACUAUCAGACACCUCACAUACAUAUAAUGGGGAGAAGAUCCCAAAUCUCAGCAAGUAGGGACUAGUGAUGUCGCGAACUUGCCGCGAACGGUUCGCCACGAACCGUUCGCGGCAAACUCCGGUCAGCUGACAUAUCCCUGCCAAUCUCUGGCAGACCCUCCCACCUCCUGGACAGCAUCCAUGUUGAAGCUGCCUUCAACAUGGAUGCUGUCCAGGAAGUAGGAGGGUCUGGGAGGGAAGGUCUGCCGGAGAUUGGCAGGGAUGUGUCAGCUGACCGGAGUUCGCCACGAACGGUUCGUGGUGAACCGUUCAAGGCAAGUUCGCGAACGGUUCGCGACAUCACUAGUAGGGACAUCUAAAGACACACAAGACAUUGCUCAAACAUUCUGCGGUCCACAAGACAGCUGCAUGGCAGAACAGGAGGCCUAUGUCUCCAGCUCAGAGAUUAACUCAGAGGCCCAGAGUGUGGAGAAAAAGACCCUUGUGCCCACACCUGCACCCUGACAACGGGGGAUACACAAGUACCAGCUACAAAGCAAGACAUACAAAACCUGCUACAUGAUAUUAAAAAGCUAUUUGCAGUGGAUCUAGAAUUUAUAAAAGUCGACAUUCAAGUGGGCUUUAUUCAACUGAGGAGGACAUUAUUGACUUAUGCCAAUAGGUAUCCACUGUGAUAUACACCCUAAAACAAGUCCAGACAACUUUUUGGAUUUGUUAGAUGAUUGCAGCAAGAGGGCUUAUAUUAAAAUAUGGAGCAUACCGGACUGUGUCACAUCAGAUGCGUCACUACCUAAGGCGCUUUAUCGCUUCUCUUUUACUGUCUUCACAGGCAAAAAGAAUAGUGUUUGACAGAUUCUAUUGCAUUAACAAGUCUUCCAAAGCACCGUCAGCCUUCUACCGCAAUGUCAUAGUCAUGUGUCACUCACUUAAUGAUAGCCAUUUUAGGACAGUGCUAGAGGGCAAAACACUGUAUGUCUUUAAAUCCCUGGGCCCAAUCACCCGUCAACGCCGAAAAGCAGGGGACUACUGAUGGUCUGCAGAGAGGUCCUUAAACAUAAACAAAAAGAGGGUGUCUUAAUCUUUUUUAUACACUUUUACCAUGACAACAUUUGCUUGACACUUGUAUACGCAUUGCAUACUUUGUAUUCUGUGCUUUCAACUCAAUAAAAAAAAAGAUUGACAAAACACAUAUAUAAAUGUAUAUAUCAAUAUAUAUCAAUAUAUAAAAAAAUAUAAAAAUGUUUUAAAAUAUUAAAAUAUGUUUCAAAAUAUUAAUAAUUUUAAAAGUUUAUCCAACAUAUUAAAUAAUUUCAAAAACUCGUCCAAAAAUAUUAAAUCGAGGCUAUGAUCACAAAAAGCAUUCCUUGAUUCAGGCCCGUAUUCUUUGCUGUUCACACAUUUUUUCUGGGUUUUGUGAGGAUAGCAAAUUUUGUGUGUGAAACAAAUGAUCAGCUGAAUGUCUUUCAUUGCAGUAGACGUGUGUUUUAGAAGAGCUGUUCAGGCAAGCACAUGAAUGACUAGUGACUUCUGCUGAGUUGGCGUAUUUGGUGGAUUCAUUAUAUAAAUUAAUGAUUAAUCUUUACUUUGUGUAUUCUUUAUUAAUUUGUAUUUAUUUCUUUGCAGUAAGAAACCAUCACCACACCUCAAGUUUGCCCCUGCUCGUGAUUAUCACUAUUUGCAUUUUAAUUUUCGCAGUGGCCACAAUGUUGUAUUCUCAUCACAUGCAGAUGGGUUUUCGCUCAUUCAAGUCCAAGUUUCUAAUCUUUACUCUUCAUGUAAAACACAAUGCAGGAUUUAUUUGGAAUCUUUGGAGGAAACAAUAG